ACCUCAGCCUCCAGCUUGAUCAGGAAGCCUUUUCGCGGUCGGUGUGAUGAGAAACACCGCAAUAUUUGCUCUCAACCUUGUAAUGUCACGAUAUUUGGACCUUCACGCGGUGACAGAGCAAGAAGGCUAAACCAUCUGGGGACUGCUUCACCUUCAUCUAAGCGCCCAGCGACGAGAGCUUCUCUGAUGGAUGUGCGCUCAUUCCCUUUUUGAUACUGCCUGUUUGUCUUGAAGACCCGAAGACUAUCUUUUAGCCAUGGGACAGAAUCUAUAAAAGCUACAAGAAUCCCCGACCUGGACAACAAAACCAUCCUCAUCAAGCUCACCAGAUCUCAAGAACCAACAACAACAACAAACACUCUUCCAACAAACUCCAAGCUCAUCACAAUGGCUUCCACUCUCGCCUUCCCUCAGCAACAGCAGCAGGCCCAGGCCCUGCCCAUCCAGUCCGUCAGCGCCUCCAACAUUGACAACAGCCUCCUCAGCGCUCUGGCAACCUACGUCACCACCGGCAGCCACGCCCGCAGCACCACUGAGCAAGAGAUCCAGGAGCUUGCCUCGGCUGUUGUAGCCAAGCCCGGUGGCCGAGCUCACCUCGAAUCCCUCAUCCAAUUCGACUCCUGCCCCGACCAUCAGGUCUGGAAGAACCAGGCUAAUGCCAGCGGAAAGAUCAACAUCACCAAGACUAACCUCACCAUCGCUCUCGAGGUUGUCACUCUUGAGUUGAAGUUCGCUGCUUCUGGCGCUGGGUUCUACGUCCCCUGGAGUGGUUCCCUGAAUGCUGGCACCCUCUACUACAAUGAGUUCAGCCAACUCACUCCUGGAAAUGCCACAUUCAAGCUUUGGGUCAAGGGUCUUGACUUCUAUGUCAGCAUCUACCGCAACCAGGUCUACAUCGGAAACUUCUUCUAUCCCAACAUCGGCUUUGUUUUCCCUCCCGGUACCAUCGAUCUCAACGGUACUAUUGCCUGAGUGCAACACUAGCCUCGUCAAUUUGGCAGAUGAUCCUCCUGGAUCAGAAGCUUCGAAGUGUUGAUCAUUUCUGCUCGUUUCCUUUGUUAUCUUGUUUUUAGCUAGCUAGUUCGCUCCUUAGUUUGCAAUAUCACUCCCGGGCCCUAAUCAGCGAAU